AUGGAGACCCAGAUUCUUAAGAUAGCUGCUAGUAAUGCCGACUUCCGAGAUGAAAUUGGCCUGAUUCCAUGUCCUGAAGCAAGAUAUAACCGGAGUCCCAUAGUCCUGGUUGAGAACAAACUUGGUGUGGAGAGCUGGUGUGUCAAGUUCUUGUUACCAUAUGUCCACAACAAACUCCUUUUGUACAGAACAAGAAAGCAGUGGCUGAACAAAGAUGAAUUGAUAGAUGUCACCUGCACCCUGCUACUUCUCAACCCAGACUUCACCACCGCAUGGAAUGUGAGGAAAGAGCUCAUCCUUUCUGGCACUUUAAGUCCAAUUAAGGAUCUACAUCUGGGAAAAUUGGCCUUAACUAAGUUUCCUAAGAGUCCAGAGACAUGGAUUCACAGGCGCUGGGUGCUGCAGCAGUUAAGUCAGGAAACUUCCUUGCCUUCUUCUGUGGCCAAAGGAAACUUAGGAACAGGAACAGUUCCUGCAGAGAGGACACAGCGAAUACUACAGGAAGAAAUGGAAGUCUGUGGUGAGGCAGCAGGAAGAUAUCCCAGCAACUAUAAUGCCUGGUCCCAUCGCAUCUGGGUUUUACAGAAUGUGGCCAAGCUGGAUCUCAAGAUCCUUCUUGAUGAGCUAUCUUCUACUAAACACUGGGCGUCCAUGCACGUUUCAGACCACAGUGGAUUUCACUAUCGCCAGUUUUUGUUAAAAUCUUUGAUUAGCCAGACUGCAAUGGACACUUCUGCACUGCAGCAAAACUCUUUGAAAGAUGAGCCAAAAGGUGAAGAAGCAACAGCUUCAACAGAGGAACCAAGGAUAGAUCUUACCCAGCUCCUAGAAGAAGAAGUGGAAUUCUGCACAGAUCUUAUUGAUUCCUAUCCAGGACAUGAAACCCUUUGGUGUCAUAGGCGGCAUAUUUUCUACCUUCAACAUCACUUAAAUGGCAGGUGUCCUCACAACUUGACUCACCUGUCACCUGCAGACUGCUCUGGGGGGACUUUGAAUGACUUGCAUCUGAUUCCAGCAAGCCCUCAACUAUCUCAGGCAAUGGAAGUGGACGGACUGAAUGACUCUAGCAAACAAGGCUAUUCCCAGGAAACCAAACGCCUGAAGCGGACCCCAGCUCCAGACUCUCUAGGCCUAGAGAUGGAGCACAGGUUUAUUGAUCAAGUAUUAUCCACUUGUCGGAAUGUAGAGCAAGCCAGGUAUGCUAAUGCUUACAGGAAAUGGCUGGUGACUUUAAGUCAGUGAAAGGUGUGGAUUCAUCCUAAGAGCUCCCCUUUUAGUGCAAUAUUGCUUUUCUUCCCCAAUGCCAUAGCUGCAUGGACUGACUAGCUAACUCUGGGUUCUUCAUCUAUUGCUUAAAGUCUGUAAGAAACGUUUUGUUUUAUUUAUUUUGCUCAGAGCUGGCAUUCCUUGGGUACAAAAUAACUGUAUAGUUCCUUCUUGCUAAACAGUGAGUCUUAAGUUUUCCUGUUUGAUUCCAUGCCUUUUAUUUUACUAUUUGGGCUUUUCAUUUGAUUCUUGAGAUUGGGUCACAUACCUUUGCCCACCUCAGUUCAGUUGCUACAUAAGCAGUUUCUUUAAAAAUUGAAAUUUUAAGUUGCAGUUCAGCUUAGGAAUAUUCAUAAAUGUGCAAAAGGACUUGCUCUAAUUGCAGUUUUGAGAAUAAAAUGGCUAGAUAGAUGGAUAUGUGCAAAUGUAAGCCACUUCUUUCUCAAGAAUGUUCUCCAGUUACCGACUAAGAGAACCAAAGCCAGGAGUGUUAGGAUUUAUAUAGAAAAAAAUGCUUCCAAUGUAAUCUAUUUUUUAAAUGAUUAUUUAAAAGAAACUAAACUAAUUUAAGAGUUUAUGUAAUUGUAGUACUGGAAAAUUAUUUUUAUUACUAGUUUUGAUAGAUUGUUUUUACCUCAUAUUUGGUAUAUGCCAAAACAGUAAGUCAGCCCUUAUGAAAUAAAUUCUUUUUUAAAAAAACCCAGAAAUGCCAUUUUUAGUUAUUACUACUUUUUUCCUUCUAAAAUUACUCAAGAAAAGUGGGAAAAAACUACAUAUAAAUGUAGUCCUAUAAAGCUUUCUUUAUAAAAUUUAAGUUUCUAAGACUAUACUGGAUAAACUGCAGUUUUUGUCAAGUGUCUAGUCGGAGUUUACUGGCAAAAUCUAGGAAGGAAGGCUAGUUUUAAGCAUUAGUUCAAUUUUUACUUUCAAAGUCAAACAAAACACUUUGAUACUAAAUUCAUCAGGGAUAAAUACCAAAGUCCACAUUAUAGCUAUAUCUCAAUAACAAGGGCUGUGUUUUUCAGGUUGGUGAAGCGGGGUGGGAAUGGGUCAAGUACCAUCUCUGUCUCUCUUACUGUAUCCACCCCUUCGGAUGAGCUGUGAUUCCUCUGUGUGCAUCCCUUCUCUUGAUCUUACCGGUCCAUUCCCUGCUUUCCAUCACUCACUGGUCCAUAUUCUUUUCUUGUGUGUGUGUUUUUUUUCAGAGAUGCCCACUGAAGCUGUUAUCUCUCCUGUGUCAGUGAAUUUAAUACCUGGCCAUAAACACAGGCAGCAUGAAUAAAAGGUUCCCCUCUCGUAUUCCCUCCUUUUAAUGGUUGUCUUGGUUAGGGUUUCUAUUGCUAUGACGAAAUACCACAAAUAAAAGCAAUUUGGAGAGGAAAAGGUUUAUUUCGCCUACAAGGUAACAGUUCAUCACUGAGAGAAUUCAGGGCAAUACUCAAGCAGGGCAGGAUUCUAUAAGUAGGAGCUGAUGCAGAGGGCAGAGGCCAUGGAGGAGUGCUGCUUACUGACUUACUCUCCAUAGCUUGCUCAUUUGGCUUUCUUUUAGCACCAGAACAGCCAGCCCAUAAAGUGGCACCGCUCACAGUGAUCUGGGCCCCCUCUCAUCAAUCACUAAUUAAGAAAUUCCCCUAUAGGUUUGUUUAUGGCCUGAUCUUCUGGAGGCAUCUUCUCAACUGAGGUUUGCUCUUCUCAGAUGACUCUAGCUUGUAUCAAAUUGAUGUAAAACUAAGCCAGCACAGUGGUGGAAGCUGUCUCUUAUCCCAUAUAUGUGCAAGAUGUAAGCAGUGAUUACAGAAAUCAGCACCGCCAUCAUGUUUUGCAUGGUCUCCUCCUUCACACUUGGUACUGUGUAGUGUAGGUAGAGGGACAGACGGAAAGGCAAGCUGCUCCUGUCUCACUCUGGUGGGAACUUGCACUAGAGUUAGGCACUCUUUAUUAAGAUUCUAGGGCAUCAUGGUCUUAUUGGGUGGCAGACUGCUGAGGUGAGUGAGGAGGCACUUAGGAUACUAGAAAAAAAAAAUUCUACUAGCCCCAGUAGCUAGAGCUUACUUCCCUGGGGCAAAGUUAUGUUUACCAUUUUAUAGUAUUUAGAUGAUAAAAAUACUCAGCAUUGUUAACAUAAUUCCACAGCCUUCUAUUUACAAAGCAUAGUUUGAAUCAUCAAAUACCUCAAGUUCUACAUGGAUCUCUAUAGGAAAACAAUUACAUGUUGUUUAACUUCCCUGAGAUUGAGUAGAAAUGAUAGCAGUUAUUGCUGCCGAACCCCGUCUGUACUCGGUAUUGCCUUUCUCGACAGCAUCCUUUUUAGUUUCCGAAGUAAUAGGGCUUAUAUUUGAUGUUGUUUGUCAGGUCAUGAGCAUAGGCUAUGUUGUAUGAACAUCUACUAACUUUUUAUAGUGUUCCAUUCCUUUUUUAUAUCUUCUACUCAGCUUCUUGGUCAUCUUUGGUGUUAGCCGCCUUCUUAUGUCUUCUAAGGCUCAGCCCACCCCUUCCUGAAGCUGUGGAGUCCUCUAACAUACCCUGGUUUCUUUCUUCUAGUAAAGUAGAAAGUAAGUAGUAAAAAUACAGAUAUCUAAAAGAUCCUGUUUAUUUGUGGCUUUUGCUACAUUUUAUCUGAAAUUAGCAUGUUCAAGAGUUCCUUCACAGGACUUAGGAUUUCCCUGUGUUUUCUCUAAGUGUUUGACAUUUACCCUCUAGCAAGCUACUGUGUCUUUGACCAAAUGAGCUAAUGCCAUAGAAAGAACCCAUAUAAUUUAGGGCUUGUUUAGUCACAUUUUUCUGUACAUAUGUUGCUGUUAAGAGGAAAAGUUAGUUAAUUUAGACUGACACAUUGAAUCUGCUUUUUACUGGGAAACUAGUAGGCCAUUAUACCAUCCUAUGAAUCAAGAAAACUACUGACGAGCAAAAGGUAGUAAGAGCUGUGGCUCUGACCACAACCCCACCCUACCUUUCUUAAGUCUGUGUAUUUUGGUAAUUGUAUUUCCAGGUUAUAUCAUAUGCCUUGCACAUAAUAAGGACUUAAUAACUAUUUAUUAAGUUGACUAAUUCACUCUUUGAAGAAGGCAAAGAUUGAUCAUAAAUGAUGGAAUAAUGAUCAGGAAAUUAAUGAGUUAUAAGUUAGUGAUGUGGGCUAUCUUCGGUAAUAUUUAAGCAGAGCUCUCACAUGUAAAAUUAGUGAGAUUUAGAUUUGCUGUCUUCAUUACCUUGUUUAGACUUGUUAACUCUCAGCCGUGAGAUGGAGCUCUAGAAUUCUCUUAACUGUUUGUCUACCUGAAAAAUUCUCAGUGUCAAUAAGGUGCACUUGGUAAGAAUAUUGUUUUCUUUCACUAAAUGAUGUUGAAGAGCAGAUCUUGCAUAUAGAGCCAGGGGCACAUUUGAGCAGAUGACGUAAUGCUUGGAUUUAGAGACUUAUUCAUCUAUAUUUGUACGUGAGUCAUCCCGAUCCCCAACUUGAACUGUGGGCCUUUUAGGUACUCCUGGAACCUGCAUGAGCCAUUUUUUAAGACUAAGGAUUUUAUACCCGUUACUAUCCCGUAUUACUUCUAAAGAAAUUCUGGGCCAGACAUUUCUAACUCUUGGGGCACAGUCUAACUUAAGCUAAAUGCUUCAUUAAUUUUUUUUCCCUUUGUUUUUGCUGGUGCUGAGAAUCAGGCUCACAUUUGUUAAUCAGUCAUAGAGUUAAAUGUGUACCGAUUAUCACCAAAAGCCACUUAGAGUUUCAAAUAAGGGCUAAGUAACAUACAACGUAGAAGCAAGCUUUUGAGUUUAUAUGCAGCAGUCUGUAGAAAGCAUGUGUGGUCGACAUAGUCAUUUAGCUAAUGUUCAGAUUCUCUCAGUUCCUGGUGUGUGUGUGUGUGUGUGUGUGUAGAACUUAUUACAAAUUGUCCAUCUUGCAAUUUCUCUUACACAGCACAAGGUGGUGUCUGACAUGGGCCAAAUGUAACUUAGGCAUGGAACCACCACCAUACAGGCAUCUCAGUUGGCUUCCUAAGUUAGGGGCAAUUCAGUUGUAAAAUGAAUAAUCCUUUUUCCCCCCAGAAAGCUUCUUGGGUUUACUGUUAUUUUGCUAUUAGAAAUGUUUUUAAAUGCUUGAUUCAAAAAUUUUUGAAUAUUGUAAAAACCAUAUCUUUGUCUUAAAUAACACUGCAAGCCCUAGCAAUAUGUAUGCUCCUCCACCCCCAACACACAUGGUCUGUAAUGAGCUUCUACUUAUUAAAGAAGCAUGUGGGGGUCCGAGGAAACUUCAGCAAACUCAGUUUCAUAGAAAAAGUGAGUAAGAAAAAGCCACCCCAAGAAUUCCACAUAUUGUCACAUAGUGUCUUUUUAAAAAAUAACUGUAUAUUAUCUUAACUUGAGUGCCUUUCUUACUUCAGUGUGGGUUACAAGGUUAUCUUAUACUCAACUCUGUGUUUAGCUAGUAAACAGGAUAGAAAUUUUAUCAGACAGCCCAUUAUGAUGCAAGGAGAUACUGACUCGAGAAGAUAGGAUCUUGUGAUUUAUAUUCCAUUAAUUGGCAAUUUUUGAGUUCCCUACCAAGAAUACCAAGACUUGGAAUUUGUUCUUUCCCUUUGUCAACUAACAUUUUGAGUUUUGGAGGCAUCAUAACUACAGGGCCGCAUGCACACAAUUAAACCUGCGCAUUCUGUGCUUGAAGGGAAGCAGGCCCCAGAGCAGUACACCUCCCAGCAGGUGGUUGUCCCCAGUGACCCUUUGCCUUAUUCGGAAGACCCUUCAAUAGCACUUGCUAACACCAAAAGAAAAGUGGUAAAUAGUAAAAUUUAAAAUGAAAUUUCAAAUUUUAUGUGUUUGUAUGGGGAUGGGGAAGGUAGGACCAUCAUAUUUCAUGAUAGCAAAUAAUUUUUCUUUACAGUAAAAAUUCCAAAGUGCUUUGCAGAGCAUUCUUGAAUAAUAUAUUAUGUUGUGUUCAUAACUGAUGCAGGAACCAAUGUCUCCUGUGUGGAUUUAGGGUGUGCAGGGAAUUCUCAGGCUCUCAGCUGACUUCUUUACCGUCUCAGGCCAUCCCUGUUACUACAGAACCGCCAGAGACUGUUGGCUCACAAGCCCAGGGCAGCUGAUUUGAUCUGUGCUUUCCAAACAAGAGCAUAGCCAUAAAGCUGGCCCUGACAUUUAGUAGUUGGUUGUUGUUCCUCAGGGUGUAGAAGAUUUCAUCAAUUAGAACAAAAUUUUAUAUUCUGUGGCCAAAAAAAAUGCAAAAUAUGCUAAAUACACAGCUAGCUACUGAGUGUUAGUAUGCAAAAGCUAAUACAUGCUGUCUUGCUGUUUGUCCUGUAGUUGUAUUGUUAAUGUUGCCAUAAAUGUUGCCCAUUAAGAGAAUUUCUGUGUUAUAUUUCCAGUUUAGGGAAGUGGAGAACAUUAUAUUUUGUUUCAGUUGACUUUCUCAGCCUUUAAAAAUCAUAUUGAGGAAAAUAAUUACUGUUGUUUUGCAAAUUGACAGCUGUUUUGCUUCCUAAAACUUCUUUUUCUCUGUGAGUGUGAGAUGUAAGAUGCAGACAUGUUUAGAAUAUCACAUAAUGCCUUGCAUGUCAUGGGAAACUAACACGUCAGACUGAUAAUACUGGAGAAGGAAUAUUAGCAUCUCUCUCUCUCUCUUAAUCAUUGUCCACAUUCUUAGUUUUGGGUAAAGUAUGCUGCAUUAUGAAGUUUAAAUAUAUAAGGCAAGAUUGUAUAACAUUGCAACCAGAGUUGAGGAUCUUUUUAGGUAUCUAAGUGUAUGUGUGUACACAUACACACAUCUAAGGAGAUCUGGAGCCUAGGUCUACAUGAUUUUAUCCCAUUAAUUUUUAUAUUUGCUCAAAAUGUUCUUAUUUAAGGUAAUUUUCCCAAUAGACAGCUUGCUCUAGCAAAGUUGGAAAAUAAGUGUCCACUUGCCUAUCUAAAUUUUGUGAAAACUGUUUGAUUGGGGGUUUGGUGGUUUAUAAGCCAUGGUACUCUGCUUUCCUUCCAUCUCCUUAAGGAAUCAGCCUUCAUGCCAUCCUAGCAGUCACUCUCCUCAAAGCACUGCUCAUGUUUAUAAAGUAAUGGAUAAUACAAAUGAGGUUUUGGUGGUUUUUUUUUUUUUAAUGUGCCACGGGGAACUAUACUAACAUCAAUUCACACAACUCUCCCCUGGAAGCAUUCAUUCGUUUAUUCCCAUAUUCAAUGUCAUGUAUUUGAAGCAGGCAGCUUUUUGUUGGUUAAAGAAGUGGUACAGAUGAGAAGUGCUUAGUCAGCUAUUGCUCUACCAUCAAACUAAGAGCUCUCACCGGGGGGACGGUUGCCAUCUCUUCACGGAAGAAUACAUUUGUAGAGCCAUGUGUUGGACACUGAAAAAUGUUAUUACAUGACAUGAAUUAUUACACUUGUUUGUUUAGGCUGCAGUUAGAAACAUAAUAAAAAUAUCGUUUAACAGAACCAUGGUAUGAAGACAGGAGUUAUAAAAAGCUGAAGCAGUACCUUGUUGUGCAAGACACAUUUAAUAAAUGUCUUUAAAUAUUGGUGGCUGAACUCUUAAAGAGAGCUUAUGGCCACCUCCUACAGCCCUGUGUGGAUUAGCGUAUCCUGCACUUCCCAGCGGAGGCCCUUUAUUCCACCCCAGUUCUCAGUUCCUUUCCUGUGUCUUAAACGGGAUAAUGAUAAAAUAGGAAGUUGGGCCGGGUGACUUCAUAUAAUUUUCUCAGAAUAUGUUUGACAUGAGGAAGAAAUUUUUAUCAAUGAUAUUGUAGUUUGAGGACCUAUUCUGAGUUGAUCUAAUGCAAAAGAUUUAAAGAGUCUUGAAACAAAUACUCCUAUCUGAACUGAGAAGUCUGAAUGGCUUUGCCUUCAGUGAGCCUGCUGAUGCAGGACUGUGUCCCUGCUGAAGUCAGCUCCACUUUUGGUGUAUUUUCUUCUAGGACAGUAAUAGAGUGUACACUAUACUAGAUCACAGUACUGUUUCUGAGCCGGAAACAAAUAAAAGAUGAGGUGUUAUAAGUACGCCAAAUAUUUAUAUACUAUUACAAAAACAAAGAGAAAGACUUUAAAAGUACAGCAAUGCCUUUUUUUAAACUUGGGGUUUUGUAUGCUAGUUAAUUGCAUAGUUUAACAUUACAGAACUGAGGGAUUUCAUUGAAGAAAAAGAUCUCAGAUAGUAUAUUCUACUGUUAGUUUACAUUGCUUGUAGAUUUUCCAAAAAGAGCAUCCAGUAGACUGCAGUUAACAGUGGACGCACUACUCUGACUCACGGUGCAGCGUCGGGUCCUGGGCAUGAAGUAUUGGUUAGGCCAGCUGUUUUGGAGACGAUGUCUUCACCGGUGGUCCUUCCUGUGCUAUCCCAGUCUGCAUGGAAGUUCCUUUAGCUCUUAUGUAUCCACAGUUUUAAAAGAAUUAAAUCUCUUGUGAAUUCUUUACAGUUAAAAUGUAUACCCUAGAGGGGAAUAAGGAUAAAUUUUAUAAAAAGGUAUGUGCAAAGUACACUUGUGGUAUUUGGGAGUUUAGUAUCCCAGACUGAUUAAAUUAUGCUAAAUUCUAAAGCUAUCACUUGGACUUUUGGCUAAGAUUAAAUGUAAAUUCCAAGAGUAACAUAAUCAUGUAUUGCUUAGGACUGUGGUAUUCAAUGGAAAUGUAAUGUGAACCAAAACAAAAUUAUAAUUUUCUAGUAGCAAUGUUUAAGAAGUGUAAUUAACUUUAAUAAAAAUAUAUCUUAUUUAACUUAAUCUAUUAAAAUACUAUUUCAACAUAUAAUCGUUAUAACAAAACUAAGGAGCUAGCCGUCUCCUUUCUUCUCUGUAUAUUAGCCUUCACAGCUCAGUGUGGUCUGCUCACUGCCCUGCACUCUGGCCGUGUGUCGGGUCCUCGGGCUCCACGUGUGGCUUAGGUGCCGCUGCGUCAGCAGCGCAGAGUUCCAGGGCACAGCACACACUCUGUUUAAAUCUGGAGGUGACAAGUAGACAUGACCUUUCAGUACUUUAUGAAUUUUUUAGGAUAUUUAGAAAGAUAUCUAGUGGAGUUUUCCUUCAUCUUAAUUUAAAUUUGUUCUAGAAAUUGGAUCAACCUGAUCCAGUUUGCCAAGCAUUUUUUAAAGAGGCGGAAUCCUGUGCCGUGUUGAAUACCAUAGUCACUAUCAUGAGUACUGAUGGUGCGAGGUCAGUCUUCACUGCAGUCCAUCCUGUUUCUUAAAAACAAUAGCUUAGGUUGCAUGCUUACUGUAUAUCUGUACCUGUUUGUUUUCUAUCAUUCUUGUUAUAAUAAUGAUGUAUAUUAACCAGCAGCCCUAGGAUUCUAAUCUAUGCAGCCGUCUUCCAGAACAUACUAAUGUACUUAUUAAAUUAUGAUAAGUGGCAGAGAAAUAGGAUGAACCAUUUCUUUUCCCAUUAGAUUUGUUCUUUUAACAUGGAGCCAUGUACCAAACUAGCUGUAAAUUACUGUAUUUCUGUAGACUGUGGAAAUGGUGUUGUCUUUGCUGAUGUCUAAGUAAACUUUGCCUCUCCUAAAA